CCUCAUUUUCCGGGUGAGGCCCAAGGAGGUGGUGACCUGCCCAAGGGCUGCUCGGAGGGGGCUGCGGAGUUCUGGCCAUCUUGGGUGGAGCCCGGCAGAGCCUGACCCAGGCUACCCUGUGGCCCUGGCCAAGAGAAGCUGGAGCUUGAGUAUCUCGGGAGUUGGAACAAUGCUGACUGCUCGCUUCUCCAGGUCGCUGGUGCAUCUUUCCAGGAACUUCCUCAGUUUCCAGAACAUCGGAAGGCCUGGCCAGGAGCUCUUCGAUCCACAGGCCACCCCGGCUGGCCAAAGGUCCUCUUCUACCCAAGUAACCGAGAUCGGCAAUAGAGCCGUGCUCAUCACGGGCUGCGACUCCGGCUUCGGCUUCACCACGGCCAAAGACCUGCACGAGCUGGGCUUCCGGGUGUUCGCCGGCUGCCUUUUCAAGGACAAGGGGGGGAAAGGUGUCGAGGAGCUGGACAGCAUGAAGAGCGAGCGCAUGCAGACCAUCCAGCUGGACGUCUGCCAGAGUGCUGAGGUAGAAAAGGCCGUGAAGACGAUCCAGGAGAGCCUGGAGGACCCCGAGAAAGGGCUCUGGGGGCUGGUGAACAACGCGGGCAUCUCCACCUUCGGCGAGGUGGAGUUCACCAGCAUGGAGACCUACAAGGAGGUUGCCGAAGUGAAUCUGUGGGGGACCAUCCGGACGACCAAGGCUUGCCUCCCACUUAUCCGGAGGGCCAAAGGCCGGGUGGUGAACAUCAGCAGCAUGCUGGGCAGGAUGAGCAGCCCUUCGCGCUCCCCGUACUGCAUCACCAAGUACGGCGUGGAGGCCUUCUCCGACUGCCUGCGCUACGAGAUGUACCCGCUGGGCGUCAGGGUGUGCGUGGUGGAGCCCGGAAACUUCAUCGCGGCCACCAGCCUGUACAGCCCCGAGCGCAUCCGGGCCAUCGCCAACAAGAUGUGGAACGAGCUGCCCGAGGUGGUGCGCCAGGACUACGGCCGCGAGUACUUCGAGGAGAGCGUCUCCAAGAUGGAGCGCUACUGCACCAGCGGCUCCACCGACACGAGCGCCGUCAUCCGGGCCGUGCGGCACGCGCUGACCUCCGCCAGGCCCCACACCCGCUACCACCCCAUGGACUACUACUGGUGGCUGCGGAUGCAGAUCAUGACCCACACCCCGGCGGCCGUCUCGGACAUGCUCUACAUCCACUGAGGGAGAGCCGGCCGGAGGCCAGGGACCACCGGCCGCCCUCGAGCCGGGCCCUCGGCCUCGUCUGCCCGGCCCGACCCCUGGCACCGCCGCGAAGCCCAGACCAGCGCUUGUCUCUGCCAAAGGGAAACGGGGGAGGCCGACACCGGACCCCCCAAGCUCCGGAAAAGGCCCCUCCAGCCAUCCAAGCCAAAGAACAGCAGCUUCCGCCCCCUCCCUUGGGAGGAGCUCAUUCAGCCACUCAUUCAUUCAGUCAGUGUAUCAAGUGCCUUUCCUAGCAGCAGGGUGCGCUGUGCCCAGCACAGAGCAAGAGAAUUCCUUUGACUCUUGCACCCCCUCCAUUCACCUGAGGGGAAUUGAGAACUGACUGUCCCAACCCAGCCCUGGCAGAUUUCAGGCCAGUCGAUUCAGCUCCGAUCACCUCCCUCCCUCCCUCCUCCUCCUCCUCUUCUUUGUCCUCCUCCUUCCUUCUUCCUCCUCCUGCUCUUCCUCCUCCUCUUCUCUUCUUCCUCCUCUUCUUCCUCUUUCUCCUCUUCUCUUCUUCCUCCUCUUCCUCCUCCUCUUCUUCCUCCUCCUCUUCUCUCUUUUCUUUUCUUCUCUUUCCCUCCCUUCCUCCUCUCUCACCCCCAUCUUUCUCUUCUCUCCCAAGCCCACCCUCUGUGGAGAGCCCCGUGCCAGGUCUCUGUCCGUCUCUCUUCCUCGAUUCCUGUGGUUGUCUGGAGGUCUGGGUGGGGGUGGGGAGAGCCCUGGGUCACCCCCAGCAGCUGCCAGGCUCCCUCCUUCCUCCCACCCCAGCUGAGGCUAGGCCAGGGCUAGAGACAGAUUAGGCUGGGCUGCCACCCAGAGCCAUAACCUUCAUCAGACAGUGGGGGCUGGACGGGCUCCGGAGCUGGCGUCGGUGCCCACCAAGCCCAGCCCCUUGAGUCUCUGGGGAUGGGGAGCUCACUACCCCUCAAGGCGUGAUUAGACACCUCUAGAAAGUUCCCCCUUUCUUCCCUGGGGCCCAAGCUGGCCUCCACGGUCCUCCCUCUCUAGGCCCCCGCUGGGCUCCGAGGCUUGGGGGCUGUGGGGGUCAGGGAGCUCAGCGAGUGUGGCUGGGCCUGCUGGGGCGUGCCAGGGCGGUUGGGGCCUCCCCGGGCUGGGCGGAGAGCCGGCGCCCUGGAACGGGGCAGGAGCGCCCCCCCUCGGCUCUCGCCCUUCCGGCCUCCCCAGGCCCCGCUUCCUGCGUGGAGAAUGCUGCCCCGAGUGACCGAAUCAGCUCAGAAUCAGGGAAACGUAAUUAAAGGCAUUGUCGCGUUAA